UUUUUUUCGACAAGGUCAGAUUUAGCUUAGUUUCGUUCAUAUUCUAGUUAAUGUUAUUAUUGUCAUAUGGUUACAACAUUACAUACAUGAAUCUCUUUAUCCAUUGUAAGCGAUACAACCGACAAAUUUACAUUUACUUAUUUGGAAUUCUGAAGCGCCAGUGUUCGUGAAAUUCUUUUCAAUUUAGCUUGAUAUUUUAUUGAGUGGCGGAAUUUCAGGAUUACGAAUUAUUUGUUAUUGAAAUAACAAUAUUACGAGUUUUCCUGUUUAUGCUGAUAACCAUAUCGUUCUGUAUAGUUUGAUAAAAUUUAAUGUUCAGUUAUGGCAGUAAACUGUUCAUGCUAACUGAGAACGUAAAAAGUCGGUAUGUUGUUCGUACUGUAUUUAGUGUGCAUUCUUUUAAUUUGCGUGAAUGCUGAACAUACAGUAAGAUGCAACAACGAAACAAAUCCAAGUAUCAAUUCUGUAACUUUGGUGCCUUCUCCCGACCAUGUUGGAGGUCGAUACGUGAUGGAGUGGUGCACGGCAGCAGGCGCGAACAUAACUGCCUGGGAGUUCUACAUCAAUUACAAUAUAUCGAUGAAUCCCAAUCAAUGUAAACAUUAUAAUUUUAUACACGAUUCAAAGUUUGCGUAUCACUCUCACUUGGAGGAAAAUACUAAUAUAAAUUUAAAUUGUUCUCAUGUCUGCUUUUCAACAUCAAUUGAUCUAAUAUUUAAAGCAUGCUACCAUAUUAAGAAUCAAGUAAUUAAAGGAAGGGUCAAAAUGCAGAGCUAUGAUCAGUUGAUUUACAUAACAAAUAAUUUCACAAACAGUACUGUUCUGAAAAAUAGCGCACCCGCAGCCACAUCAUACAAUUCUGAUGAGUAUGUGUCGGUGCAGUGGUUCACGGGCUCCGUGCCCGCUGCUAAAUUCACCAUGAACUUGAACAGUGUCACAGAGAGCGGUGCUGACGUGACACAGAACUGCACCAGUGCGGUGUACACGGUGACGUGUCUGCUGCGCGUGCCGCCCGGCUCAUACUCCCUCAUGUUCACGCACGAGGAGCCCUGGACAUACGGCCGCAUCGCCGUAGACAAGAUCAGCAAAGAUUUCAACCGCACGGCGGCGGAGGCGGAGGUGGAGGUGGGCGUGGGCGCGGGCGUGUGGGGCGUGUGGGGCGCGUGGGGUACGUGGGUCGCGUGCGGCGCGCUGGCGCUGUGCGUGCCGGCCGCGCUGCUGCUGCACCGCGCGUGCGCCCGCUCGCCGCCGCACACAAAGCGCGACGAGGCGGAGGCGGGCGCGGCACUGGGGGCGCUGCUGCAGGAGGUGGCGGGGGAGGGGGGAGUGUACGACGUGUACGCGGCGGAGGUGAGCGCGCAGGCGGCGCGGGCGCCGGCGGAGUGGCUGCGCGCAGUGCUGUGCCGGGAGGAGGUGCGGGUGGUGGUGCUGCAGACGCCGGCGGCCGCCUGUCUGUACGCGGCGCAGCUGCGCCAGCGCGGGUACACUCUCGCACGUGAGUACGCACUAUAG